ACUUGGGGGAGACGUUUAAACACUUUCUCCAGGUUGGGCGGGCCUCGUCGGGGAGGGGUUUGUGGGUGAUCCCUGGGUCCCCCGCCCGCUGAGGAGAUGGAUGAGGACGGGCUUCCUCUCAUGGGGUCAGGCAUAGACCUGACCAAGGUGCCAGCUAUUCAACAGAAAAGAACGGUGGCAUUUCUAAACCAGUUUGUGGUGCACACUGUACAGUUCCUCAACCGCUUUUCUACAGUUUGUGAGGAGAAACUGGCAGACCUUUCUCUUCGUAUCCAACAAAUUGAAACAACUCUCAAUAUUUUGGAUGCAAAGUUGUCAUCUAUCCCAGGCCUAGAUGAUGUCACAUUUGAAGUAUCUCCUGUAAGUGUCACUAGUGUCACAAAUGAACCACAUUCUGAAACCACUUCAGAGCAAUCACAGCAGAACAGUUUACAAGACUCUGGACCACAGGAAAGUGAAGUAACAGCAGAAAAUAUCUUAACUGUAGCCAAGGAUCCAAGAUAUGCCAGAUAUCUCAAAAUGGUUCAAGUGGGUGUUCCAGUCAUGGCAAUAAGAAACAAAAUGAUAUCGGAAGGACUAGACCCAGAUCUUCUUGAAUCUUUCUGUGACUCUUCUACGGCCUUCAACAUGCAAUCUAACAUAUUAGAAUUGCAGGAGGCCAGAUGCGCCAGUGCCUGAUGGCGAAGGUGAAAAAAAUACAGAAGAAAGUUCAGAUAGUGAAUCUUCUUUUAGUGACUAAGCUUAAUUUUGAUAGCAAUUAUAUAUACAUGUGUAGGUGUACAUUUACGUGCUAUCAGAAAGAGAGCCUGAACUUGAACCCUGAGUCAUAAAAACAUCAAAUAGCCAAAUAGCCACCACCAAGCUUCUUCGGUGUUAUAAGUAAAUAAGUAAAUAAAUAAAUAAAUAAAUAAAUAAAAUAAAGCAUU